ACAAGCUAAGCUAAAAUGUCUCUUUCUGUGUCUGUGUGUCUCUCUCCAGGUGAAUAUAUAAAGAACUGGCGGCCACGUUACUUCCUGCUCAAGACAGACGGCUCCUUCAUCGGCUACAAAGAGAAACCUCAGGAUGCAGACCUCCCUUAUCCACUAAAUAACUUUUCAGUAGCAAAAUGCCAGCUGAUGAAGACAGAGAGGCCAAAGCCAAACACCUUCAUCAUACGCUGCCUUCAGUGGACCACCGUCAUCGAGAGGACCUUCCAUGUGGACUCGCCUGAUGAAAGAGAUGAGUGGACAGAGGCCAUCCAGAUGGUGGCAGACAAGCUGCAGAGACAAGAGGAGGAGAGGAUCCAGUGCAGCCCCACGUCCAACAUUGACAACAUGGUCGAGGAGGAAAUGGACAUCUCCACUACACACCACAAACGCAAGACGAUGAGUGACUUUGACUACCUGAAGCUGCUGGGAAAAGGAACCUUUGGUAAAGUCAUCCUUGUCCGGGAAAAGGCCAGCGGAAAGUAUUACGCCAUGAAAAUCCUUAAAAAAGAAGUCAUCAUAGCCAAGGAUGAAGUUGCUCACACGCUCACAGAGAGCAGAGUACUGAAAAACACCAGGCACCCUUUUCUUACGUCUCUGAAGUAUUCGUUCCAGACUAAAGACCGUCUCUGUUUUGUGAUGGAGUACGUGAAUGGAGGGGAGCUGUUUUUCCAUUUGUCCAGAGAGCGAGUGUUCUCGGAGGAGCGCACGCGCUUCUACGGCGCCGAGAUUGUCUCAGCUCUCAACUACCUGCAUUCAGCCAAGAUUGUGUACCGGGACCUCAAGUUGGAAAACCUGAUGCUGGAUAAAGACGGUCAUAUAAAGAUCACAGAUUUUGGACUCUGCAAGGAGGGCAUCACUGACGCUGCUACCAUGAAGACCUUCUGUGGGACCCCAGAGUACCUGGCGCCAGAGGUCCUGGAGGACAACGACUACGGGCGCGCCGUGGACUGGUGGGGCCUGGGCGUGGUGACGUACGAGAUGAUGUGCGGCCGGCUGCCGUUCUACAACCAGGACCACGAGAAGCUGUUCGAGCUCAUCCUCAUGGAGGAGAUCAAGUUCCCGCGCACGCUGUCGGCCGACGCCAAGUCGCUGCUGUCCGGCCUGCUCAUCAAAGACCCCAACAAAAGGCUCGGGGGAGGACCGGACGACGCUAAAGAAAUAAUGAGGCACAGUUUCUUCUCCGGCAUCGACUGGCAGGAUGUUUACGACAAAAAGCUCGUCCCUCCCUUCAAGCCUCAGGUGACGUCGGAGACGGACACCAGGUACUUUGACGAGGAGUUCACAGCUCAGACCAUCACAAUCACCCCACCAGAGAAAUUUGAUGAGGACGGGAUGGACUGUCUGGACAAUGAGAGGCGACCGCACUUCCCGCAGUUCUCGUACUCGGCCAGCGGGCGGGAAUGAACUGUCCACCACGGUGACGUGGUCACAGCUGGUCUCUGAGGCCGCCAGCGCGGGACACCAAGACCCCCGCAGCUCCGGACCCACCCAGACUUGAAGGAUUUUACCCGUCUCCUCCAUUCCUUCUCUUCAGUCUGCUUCUUACUUUAUUUAUUUGUUUUUUUUUUCUUUCUUUUUUUUUUUUGUGAAUCUCUCGAGAACCCCGAGGCAAAGUUAAGAGUUUAAUCCUGCGCUCUGAACUGUGAUGCGAUCCGUUGAUUUUUUUUAGCGACCCUUUAACGACGGGAGCUUCACCAGCACCCUGCUGUGCUUUGACACCUGCUCUAUAAAAAAAAAAAAAAAAAAAAAAAAGGCGCAAACUCUUAGUCAGACAUUAGCCGAAGUAUUUUCAGGUAGCGUUCGUAUCUGUGCGACGGAGAUACAGCAUUUUCAGUUGUUGAAACCCAAACUGCCAUAGCAGGUUGUAUCUCAGGCUUUUGCAAACAAACUCAGAGAGACGUUUGCGUCGUCUUGCUGCACGUCGUGAGUUCAGUGAUUGUGGGACGGGCCGAGCAGCCUCCACCGGUGAGCGGGGGGGGGGGGGGGGGGUCCUACGCCCCCCGUGUUGUCAAGCAGGAUUUGACUCAGGUGCUGCUCGGUGCAAGUCAUGCUGUUGUUGCUGCUAUUUCAACUACGACUACAGGUACUCCUCCUCCCACCACCGCUCUUCUACUGCUACUACUGAAAUCCGGUGCUACACUUCUAGCUAAUCGCUGACCGUUACCAAGGCGCCAGCAAAACACCCGUACUACCAUCUAUGCUCGUACAGCUGCUACCUUACCGUGCUGCUCUAAAAAAAAAAAGGUCCUCUCUGAGGUUUCAACCCAUCGUGGCAUGUCCUCCGUGAGUGUGUGUUCGUGUCCGAGGUCCUCGUCGCCACGGGUUUGUCAUCCAUGACGCACCUCAAAGCACAGCAGUUCACGCAGAUGAAGCUCCGAAAAAAUAAAAUAAAAUCACAAUUAGCUUUACUACAGCACCCACAGUUCAGUGUGAAAGUUAGAGGAAAUCACCUGGUUUGAACUCCACUCCCCCGGAUUUUACUUCUGUUCUUUUAUUUAAAUGUUCCUUUAAACUUCAAAAAGGGAAAACUUCACUGAAACGGUACUUUCUUUAAAGGAGGAAAAAAAAAAAAAAGCUUUACUGUGACCCGCGGUUAGCACGGCUUUGGGAUCCACACGGCUGGACCUCCUGGGAGUCUGGGCAGCAGUGAGUGGGAGAGACAAAAGUCCAGAAUGUCAGAGAG